CUCAAGCAAAAUGUUCAAACUUUUUGUGUUCUUGGCUCUUGUAGCUUUCGCUAUCGCUGCUCCUAAAGCUGAUCCUCAAUACUUUUAUUCUGGACUUUAUGGAGGUUAUGCUGGAUUAGGAUAUGGAUAUGGAUAUGCUGCUCCUUACGCCUACGGUGGUUAUGGAAGCUACUUCUAUUGAACAAAAAUUCUGGACUGAUUUAUCUAAAUAAAUUACACUUUUAAAAUA